AUGGAAGUUGCCAACGAGAAGAAGAGAGAGCUAGACUCUCCGGGGCCCUCCGUAAACAACAUGCCUAUCGACACUGAAAUUGACUUGGUGAAGACGGAGCCCGAAGAGGCCGUUCCAAAAAUUGAAAAUGGCGAAGCUAAUGGAAACGUUCAAGAGAAUUCUUUGGCAAAAAAUGCUCCACUGAACUCACUGCAGUCGAACGGGACUAAAAGACCAAGAGCAGAAACAGCCAUCGUGGUUGUUCCUUACAAGAAGCCUGAAUUGUUCUAUAGCCCACUCAAAACAGGAUUGGUGUAUGAUGUCCGCAUGAGAUACCAUGCUAAGAUUUUCACAUCUUAUUUUGAGUACAUCGACCCUCAUCCUGAGGAUCCCAGGCGUAUUUACCGUAUUUACAAGAAGUUGGCAGAGGCCGGUUUAGUGCUUGACAAAUCUCUUUCUGGAACAGACGACAUUGGACCACUCAUGGAGAAGAUUCCAAUCAGAGAAGCCACAGCUGACGAGAUUUUGGAAGUACAUACUGAAGAGCACUUGAAGUUCAUCGCUUCCACUGAGGCCAUGUCUCGUGACCAAUUACUUGAGGAAACGGAGAAAGGUGAUUCCAUCUACGUGAAUAACGACUCCUUUCUACUGGCAAAGUUGUCCUGUGGCGGCCUGAUUGAGGCUUGUAAAGCUGUUGUGGACGGACGUGUUAAAAACUCUCUCGCCAUUGUUCGUCCACCAGGACAUCAUGCCGAGCCAGAUGCUCCUGGGGGUUUCUGUUUGUUCAGUAAUGUUGCAGUUGCGGCAAAGAACAUUCUCAAAUCAUAUCCGGAUUCCGUUCGCCGAAUUGUCAUUCUUGAUUGGGAUAUCCACCAUGGAAACGGUACUCAACGCGCCUUUUACGACGACCCAAGAGUACUAUACAUCUCUCUUCAUCGAUACGAAAACGGAAAAUUUUAUCCUGGUACGAAGUACGGAGGACAUGAAAUGGUUGGUGACGGUAAGGGUGAAGGAUUUUCUGUUAACAUCCCGUGGCAAAAUUCUGGAGUGGGAGACGCAGACUACGUUUACGCUUUUCGCAAGAUUGUUAUACCAAUCAUCAGUGAAUUCGACCCGGAUUUGGUGAUCGUUAGUGCAGGCUUUGAUGCUGCCGAUGGUGAUUUGAUUGGUCAAUGUCAUGUUACUCCGGCCGGUUAUGGCCAAUUGACCCAUAUGCUAAAGGCAAUUGCGCGGGGCAAACUUACUGUUAUAUUGGAAGGUGGAUACAACUUGGACUCCAUCAGUAAAAGUGCAUUGGCUGUGGCCAAAGUCUUGAUUGGUGAGCCACCAGAGGCAACCAUCACCACCCAGCCUCGUCUAGAUGCCAUAGAAACGGUCAGUGAGGUCAUGAAGACCCAGUCCAAAUACUGGAAGUGUAUGAAACCUAGCAACCCAGCUCAUGUCUUUGAAGACAUAUUUGACUUGCCCGGCAGCCGCAUCUUAUCUUUUGCUGAACCUAUCAGAGCCUACCAGGCGCAAGAACUGUUUUCCAAGUAUGGCUUUAUUAACUUGCCUGUGAUUGAUCUGAAGGACGAUAGAUACCCAGUAUUCAGUACCGAUCUACCGUCUCAUCUUGACGAUUUGGUCUUGGCUAGCCCAGAUAUCAAUGAGUGUAGCACAGUGGUUGUUUGUAUUCAUGAUCCCCCAGAAGUGUGGGCUAACAUCAAUCCCGUCAACGGGUACAUCGAAAGCAGUACAUCUGUUGUGCUAGAACAUCCAUUACCGAAGGUUAUGAACAAGAUACUGGAUGAAUUGUCAAAUGAAAAUGUUACUGAUAAGGUUGGUUACAUUGACAUCAAUGUACCGUCAUAUAUUGAGGCUAUGGCUGCUUCUUUGAACUUCAAAGAUUCAACUGGCCAGAAGAAACCUUCCAACUAUAAUCCAACAAUAUUUGCACAGGAACUCUUAUUGUGGGUGUGGGAUAACUACUUGACCUAUUUUCCAUCGCUAAAAAAGUUGGUCUUUGUUGGCUUUGGAGAUGCAUACCAGUCAAUAGUUCAUUUGUAUGCAAAAAGACCAUCGCAAGAGAUCAAGGACUUGGUUCAGGGCACUAUUGUUUUUGUCAGUCGGUCAACUUUAAAAUCUUUGGUUCCAGUGAUGGAUGAGUCUAUGGUGGACUGGUACUACCAGAACUCUGUCAUAUUCACUAGUCACAUGAACCCUUGCUGGAGUGGCACGACAGGUCCAAGAGGUGAUAUGGAGGAGGUUGGAAAGAGACCCAGAAGAAAGUUUGGUCGUGUCUUGAAGUCUUCGGUGGACGGGUUGUGGGAUGUUAUUCAAGAGAAGUUUGAUGAAGGUGUUGACUUUAUUUUGGAUUCUAUUGUGGAAUACUCGGGCUCAGAAUCGUCCUAG